AAGGGGAAUUUGAGAUGAGAAAUUAUAGACGUCCCAUUUGUUUUCCAUCACAGUGAAUCAUCAGAGCACUUAAAAGAUCGCUGUGCAUUUACCAGGAUAUUUAUAGCAGUGCUUAACACCAAGGCUUAGUAAAAACAGGAGUUUCUGGAUUUCCUGUCCCAACAACCAGCCUGGUCAAGGCUAUGAUCUUUUGACUAUUGCAACAUCAUUACAAUGGGUCACUCAAUUUUGCAGAGGGGAACAGAUUAAAGCACUCUGACUCUUUGUGGAGAACUCCUAAUUCUUCAACCAACAGAUUUAUUAACCAGGGCAGCUAAGGAACUGCCUGCUGGAAAGAACACUCACUCCGGCUUUAACCUCUGCUGUAAAACACAUCCCGGGGCUCUAGGUUUCUCGUGUGCGACUACUUUUCUGGCCUAAUACACUUCCCAGUGGGAAGCUUUGAAGUCUUACACAUAAAUGGACAUCCAGUGGAUUUGUGCUGUCACCAUAAUCCUAGCAUGGUUCUGCAGAGGUUCCUCAGGACACCAGAUAGCAGUUGAACCUCCCCGCAAUCUUCAGAUAAUUGACCCUGGACUCCUAGGCCAUCUCUAUAUAGAAUGGCAGCCUCCACCUUCCCUGCUAACCCUCGACCAGUGUACAAUCAAAUAUAAAUUAAAAUACCGGAGCAUGGGCGACGCGGAUUGGAAGGUUGUUUUUACUAAGAAAUUAAAAUAUGGCGAUGGAUUUGAUCUCAGCAAGAGAACUGAAGCAAAGGUCCAGACUCUGCUAGAAGGACGUUGUACGAAUGAAUCUGAAGUGAAGAGUGACUGGACUCACGCUACCUUCCAGGUUCCUUUACAAGGAGAUCUGGAGUCACAGAUCCGAGACUUCCACUGUGUCUAUUACAAUUGGGAGCACCUCACAUGCACUUGGCAGCGGGGCCGGCUAGCUCCUCCUGGGGCAUGUUAUGAGUUAUAUUAUUGGUACGAAGGGCUGGAUCAUGCACUGCAAUGCAGUGACUAUAUUCAGACCCAUGGAAGAAAUACCGGAUGCACGUUGCAAAACCUGAGGCAGGCAGAAUAUAUUGAUUUCAACGUCUGUGUUAAUGGUUCUUCAGAGUCCACACAGCUGAGACCCUCCUACUUCACAUUCCAUCUCCAGAACCUAGUCAAACCUUCUCCGCCUGAGAAGCUGUCGGUUUCCAUUUCUGCCUAUGAGGAUGUUCACGUGGAAUGGAGCCCUCCUGCUGGGGGUGCGCCCCCGCACUGCCUGGACUACGAGGUGCAGCUGACAGAACACGAUGGCAACGCUGAUGCUCCCUGGACGGCUGCCUCAACCCAAGUGGAAACCGCCUUUACCUUCUCCCAGGCCAAUCGCAGCCGCGUCUCAUGUGUCCGUGUACGAGGGAAAACAAACAUGUUCUGCGCCGACAAGGGCUUUUGGAGUGAAUGGACGCGGGAGUGUUUCUACGUGUCCAGAAAAGAUGAAAAGCAGCUGUUCAUCCUCAUUGCAGUCGUCUUAAGUUUUUUGACUGUCAUCAUCAUAUUUAUAUUAGCUGCACAGCGCAAGAAAAGAACAAAUGGAGAGAAAAAUAUAUCACCUACAUCGCUAUAUUUGGACUAAUUCCUGAACAAAAUGAUUUCCAGAGAUGCCCUGUGAGAUGUCAGUGGAACUUACUGCUGCAUUAUGCACAUGUUAUUGAUGUCCAUAAUAAAGACCCAUGCCAAGUUCAGGUUCCUGACAUUCUUGGCAAAUUACACGCUCCAGUGGGAUGCUAACGCUGCAAAUGGGCUUGUUGUGCAGCUUGUGUCCAAUAGAUCAUCCCAAGAACAGACAUGAAACCUGAACUUCUUACGAGGCUUUUCUACUUCCCCACCCACACUUACUAUGCUUCUAUAGUCCAACAACACGAAGGUCAGAGAAGUUUAUUGACUGAUGCUGGAAUAAUUUUUUCUGAUAAAAUAACGGGGCAAAAAAGGAGGCAGUGGAGACUGUGAUGAAUAAUAACGACAGGUCUGCUGUGUGUGUUUAUAAGAAUGGGUGGAAACACUGUUAACAUGAUGGAAACUCAGUGGAAGAUCGAGAUUAUACCCACCAGCCUAGGAAAGGUUGCUAGAUACUAUCAUCCACAGUCAACUGAGCACCAUACGGUAUAUUUCCCUGCCGGCUCCUCGCUACCUUCUUUCAGUCCACUGUUAGUUUUUAAACAGGGAAAAUUAUUUAACUGCAUUUAUUUAAUCAUGUCAUCUUCCAAGCCACAGUUAUUUGUGAAAGAGGAGACCUUGAAAUGUUUUUUUGCAGGAAAUGGCUGUGCUUACAAAUACAGUGCAUGGCAGAUGGAUCAUUGGAGGAACAAAUCCCAAGGAUACGCUGUCAAGUGCUGGAAGGGGAUGUCCUGCAGGACUUGGACACGGAAAACACGGCUUUACAAAGCACCCAGAGGUGCCUAGAUCUGAAAGACCCUUAUGCCCAGCAGAGGAAAUGUCUGACCAGCUUUAAACAAAGCCUGUGGAGUAAAAAGAGCCCAGUGCUGAUCAUGGACAAAUCACAUUGCACCGAUGCUCCUGGAGCUUGCUUUAGGCGUAUUCUCACUUUCCACAACUCUCUCAGUGAACAUGUGUCCUGGGAGGAGGGUUCAGAAGAAGGAGGGAAUUCUCAGUGACUAGCUGAUGCUUGGAAAAGUGAAUUUCAAAUCACCACAAACCUGAGUCCAACAGCUGCCUUCAUCUGAUCAGAAAAUCGUAACGUCCUAUGGGCAAAGGGCUGAACCUGCACCCUCACCUGGGGCAUGGAAACUGUGUGUGGGUGGGGCUCAGAGAUGGAUGUGCAGCUGGGGGACGAAAGAUGUUUUGAGUAUGAUUGGGCCUUUGUAACGCCGUGAUUGGGCCUCACUUACUAACAGAGAAGGGAGCAGUCCUGGACUUGACAAUAUAGCACAAGCACAGAAAAGGUGAACACAGGCGCAAGGCAUGGGAUGGAAUCAGAAAUAACUAAACGCUGGCCCUGAGCUGAGACUCUCAGUACCAAUCCACCAUGUCCCUUCACGCAGAAGUGUUUGGCUCAUGGAUGUUUCUAAAAUACACUGGCAAAGGGAGCAGUCCAUAUGAAUGCUGUCGGGAAUGUUUGUUUAAAAGCACACUGGCUCAUUCUUUCUUUACUCUGAUUUUCAAACGGCACACAUGCACUGGGGCAUACUAAAAAAGUGCGUCCAACUGCCUGAUGGAUGUGUGCGUCCGUGCACAGUUACUGCAUGUCAGUCAGGUGUGUGUGCAGGCAAGGGUCCCAUGGGGUGCAUAACCAAUGACUUGCACUGCAAUGCAAUUAAAUGUACAUGCAAAAAAAAAUGUAAAUUAGGUGCAGGAUUGCACGGGCAAAUGGGAAAUGUUUCAUUUUCAAUAUGACAUUUUGAGACAAAUGACCAACUGCCACAACAAACAAACGUUGAGCCAGGCCAACUUCCCCCCCUUGUUUCAGGAGCAUCCUGAAGCAUCUUACCCCAGCUGAUACACCACCUCGUCUCAGGUAGCUGCAGCCCCCUCAGGACUCAGUGCCUCAUUAGCGUUCACAAUUAGGAAAGUGGCGAGCUCUGUAAAUAAAAUAGCAGGCGUGCCAGAGAGCGCCUGCCUGCUGCAGGUGUGCAAAGCUGCUGCUGUCUGAGAAGCAGGUCAGCCUGGCCAGGGACUCCCCAAAUGAAAGGGUCUUGCACGGAGACAAAUGGCUCACGCCAGCGAGAGGCUGCUGGCGAGCUGCCCGGUGCUCUGUGCAGCUGAAGGGAGGUCACUGACCAGUUGUGUGCUGGGGGACAGAUUAUGGUGGUUUGCGGUGUCAGCAUGUAAGUUGCUGCUGUCUGUGGGCUGGGGAGAUGCAGGGGCCAAUUUCUUUUAGCGACCCAGCAUAAGUGGCUGGUAUCGGAUGACCUGCCUGGGCUUUCGUGCAGGUGUGGUGUGUGCUUGUGAUCCCCUCAUCACUCCCCCACACAGCUGGCAAUAAGCCAUUCCGAGCCGCUACAGUGGCUGGUUUGGUUAACCCAAAAUAGCCCACAGGCAGCUAUUAUCUUGGUGCUCCGUCCUGUGAGUAAUACUACACGCUAAACUAGGGGCCACAGUCAGGGCCGGCUCCAGGGUUUUGGCCGCCCCAAGCAGCCAAAAAAAAAAAGAUAGCCGCGAUCGCGAUCUGCGGCGGCAAUUCGGCGGAAGGUCCUUCACUCCCAGCCGGAGAGAGGGACCAUCCGCCGAAUUGCCGCCAAAUCGCUGGACCUGCUGCCCCUCUCUGCAGUACCCACCCCAAGCACCUGCUUGCCAAGCUAGUGUCUGGAACCGGCCCCGGCCACAGUCCACACAGCUGUGGUACUUGAGUGUGGCAACAUAUUCUCCCGUAGUCACCCAGCCUCGUCAGUGGCUGGCCUGCAUGUUUUGGAUAGUAAUAAACAUAUUCACGCUGACUCAGCCCCAGGCCACGCAGAUUCUUCCGAGACCUAGUGAGUAAGACAUACAUGGGAUUAUUUAAGUCUUGGGGAGGAAAAAUGUAUUCGAAGCAUUUGGUAAUUUUUAUAAUGGGCAGAAAAAAAGGCUGGGAAUUACCACGGUCACACGAAUGUUGAUGUGACGUCCCAACACCUGUAGAAGUUGGAGAGGGAAGAAGAAAUUAACCGAAAGCACAGCUUGACUUCUGUGACAGUCACAAAAGAAAUGACACUAAUUAAACGUCGCUGCCACCUCGGUUACCUCACUCAGGCAAGUGUUACUGCAAAGUUUAUUUUUUUUAAAUGCUUAUAAAACAGGCUAAGAAACUAUGGAACUGGGGGACAGGGGUGAGGUGUGUUGGCUGCUUGGCCCAGUGGUUCAAGAAACAUAACAGGACUUUGAGGCUCAUUUCAAGUCCACGGCAUCUGUCAGGUUGCUUAAUGCCCAUGUUGUACCAGGGUCUGUUCAUUUACCUUGGACCAUAUUUAUUUUUGAUACUUGUAUUAGUGCUUAUUUCCUAAAUUAAUAAACUUUCUUGCCACAAAACUCAGUGGCCAAACACCUCCAAACUUUAUUGUUAUUCCAGUAGGGGGGGAAAAGCCCAGAAUUUAUUCCAAAUGCACAAGUUGUCUUUACCCUGGUGAUUAAAAGGUAUUCUUUUCAGAUGUGCACUUCUACCCCAAGUCCCUCACAAACUCUAACAAACCCAAAGAGGGGGGAAAGGCCUGGUCUGGCGUAGUUCUGCAGACAUGCACCAACAGUUGCUGAAGGCCUGAGUGAAAAGAAAAACUCAAACGAACUCCGGGCGUCUCUGCUGGUGUAAAGGUGCCGCGUGCCAUUGGCUCUGAUUUGAUCGGCAGCAGGGGCGGAUCUGGGCCACUCGCCCUAGCACUUGGAGGGGGUAAAGCCUCCAGCCAGGUAGGCCUUGUCCAGUGGGGUACAGGGAGAAAAACUGAGCAUAGGAAAAAAUCUCCGGAGAGAGGAAAAACCCCCACCCCCGUGUGCAGCUGGGACCAAUGGAAAGCACCAUUGCUGGGAAUGGAGGAAGCACUGAAACAUAGCAGGUAGUGCUCACUCCUGCCUUGCAAGGGGAAGGGCUCUGCCCUCCUCCGUGACGCUAUUCUAGAAAAAUGCUGCCGGUUCAGGGCAGGCCCGCCAGGCAGCUGGUGUGACACUUUGUUCCUGCUCCAUGACGGGGACCAAAAGCUAUAAACAUAUCUUGCUUUUAUCCUGCACACUCUCACUAUGAGCCCGCGGCCUGAUCAUUUUUUGCCAGAGAAAGGGCAGGGAGCAAGUCUCAUCAGGCCGCCUCCAAAAUCCAAGGAUGCCCUGCAGUGCUAGCAAUCAGGUCACCAGCUAUGGCUGUCAGACAGCCAAGUUUGAAAAGUUUGGCUGUAACGUCCAUGACUUUUUUUUUUAAUAAACUGGACUUGAAUUCA